CCCCCACUCCUCAGAGCAUCAUCCAAUUCCCGAAGUAUCUGUUUAACAGUCUCCUCGGCCAGGGGACAAGUUCCACAGCUCUGUUUACAGUCCUGGGAAGGACUGUACACAGAGAACAGACCCUACACGUUUCCUCUCCUAGUCAUAGCCUACCUGCAUUCUGCACAGUACCAGAGGACUGCCUCAAUAUGCAGUGGCAGAAGAUGUUCCAGAUUCCACGGAGCAUCUGCAAAAUCUUUCACGGUUUCUUCCUGAGCCCUCCCCAGCUGCACGCCCGGUCUUUUUCAGAAGUUAGAGCUCAAAGGUGGAAUGACUAUGAUUCCCCUGAGGAAUUUAACUUUGCAGGCGAUGUGCUGGACUACUGGGCUCAAAUGGAGGAGGAGGGCAAGAGAGGCCCAGGUCCAGCCCUGUGGUGGGUGAGUGGCCAAGGAGAUGAGGUAAAGUGGAACUUCAGAGAGCUGAAGGACUUAACCUGCCGCGUUGCAAAUGUCUUGGAGCAGACUUGUGGCCUGCAGCAGGGAGAUCGUCUCAUUUUGAUUCUGCCUCGAGUGCCCGAGUGGUGGCUGGUGACAGUGGGCUGCCUUCGAACAGGGGUCGUCUUCAUGCCUGGGACUACCCAACUGAAAGCUAAAGACAUCCUCUACCGACUUCAAGUGUCUCAAGCCAGAGCCAUCGUAACCACAGGCAGCCUUGUGUCAGAGGUGGACUCUGUGACUUCCGAGUGUCCUGCUCUGAAAACCAAGCUGGUGGUUUCUGAUCAGAAACAUGAAGGAUGGCUUAACUUCCAGUCAUUGAUGAAAUCAGUAUCCCCAGGCCACACCUGUAUUAAGUCAAAGAUGAAGGAUCCCAUGGCCAUCUUCUUUACCAGUGGGACCACAGGUUUCCCCAAGAUGGCAAAGCACAACCAGGGACUUGCCUUUCGGUCCAGUAUGCCUUCAUGCAGAAAACUUCUGAGCCUGAAGACAUCUGACGUCUUGUGGUGCAUGUCAGACCCAGGGUGGAUUCUGGCCACCGUGGGGUGCCUGGUCGAACCAUGGACAUCAGGAGCUACACUCUUCAUCCACCACCUCCCUCAGUUUGACCCCAAGGUCAUGAUAGAGGUACUGUUCAAAUAUCCCAUCACUCAGUGCCUUGCUGCACCAGCCGUAUACCGGAUGGUUCUUCAGCAGAAAGUGAGCAAUCUCAGGUUCCCCACCUUGGAGCAUUGCACCUGUGGUGGGGAGAGCCUGCUGCCUGAGGAGUUCGAACAGUGGAAGCAAAGGACAGGCAUUCAUAUUCAUGAGGUCUAUGGACAGUCAGAAACGGGAAUUAGCUGUGCUAUCCUCCGGGAAAUGAAGCUCAAGCGAGGCUCCAUAGGAAAGGCCGUUCGUCCAUUUGACAUCCAGAUCAUCGAUGAGAAGGGCAACAUCCUCCCGCCCAACACUGAAGGAUACAUUGGCAUCAGGAUCAAGCCCACUCGACCUCUAGGCCUCUUCAUGGGAUAUGAGAAUGAUCCAGAGAAAACAUCUGAAGUAGAAUCUGGGGACUUUUACAAUAGUGGGGAUAGAGCAACUGUUGACAACGACGGCUACUUCUGGUUCUUGGGAAGGGAUGAUGAUGUCAUCAAUGCUUCUGGGUACCGCAUUGGACCUACAGAGGUGGAGAAUGCUUUGGCAGAACACCCAGCGGUGCUAGAGUCCGCUGUGGUGAGCAGCCCGGACAAGACUCGAGGAGAGGUGGUGAAGGCCUUUAUUGUCCUGGCCCCAGAGUUUCUGUCACACGAUCAAGAACAGCUUACCAAAGAGCUACAGGAGCACGUGAAGUCAGUGACGGCACCAUACAAGUACCCCAGGAAGGUUGAGUUUGUUCCAGAAUUGCCCAAAACUGUCACAGGCAAAAUCAAAAGGAAAGAACUUCGACAAAAGGAGUUUGGUCAGAUAUGAGCAGCAUCAACCCAGAGCAUCUUUGUGACCUGACACCAGUCCUUGCCUGGUGGGGUGGGGCGGGGUGGGCAUUGGGGUGAGGAUGGAAUGAAGGAAGGGUAAGUAUGAAAGAGAAAACAAAGACCUCAACAUUUUUAUUAUUCCAAAAUUUACCCUUCCUGGAAGUCCUUUGUUCUUUAGAUGGCCACAGUGAGCUCUCAGACUGGAUUGUGGGAAUAAAAUACUGACCUGAGAGCACCCUGUGGGGUCUGUCAUUUUGU